AUGGUUACUACGGGCAACAUCGUAAAUACCACUCCGGCGCACGCCCUGACCGACCCCGAGAAGGCUGUGCACCCAGAGUCCGAUUUCGAUGGAGAAACUGAGCAGGGCUUCGCAGACAAAAGGUCUCACCCUGGCAGUAAGCCAGAAGAUGUCAUCAAAUUGGAAGACGCUGGUCCCCCGAUGGCGGCACCGCUGCGUGGUUGGUCGUCCUAG